AUGUCCGACACUAGGCCUCGUUACGCUCCGGGCCUCGUCACGCUCCGGGCCUCGUCACGCUCGGGGGGCCUCGUCACGCGCCGGGGGCCUCGUCACGCUCGGGGGGGCCCUCGUCACGCGCCGGGGGGCCUCGUCACGCGCUGGGGGGGCCUCGUCACGCGCCGGGGGGCCUCGUCACGCGCCGGGGGCCUCGUCACGCGCCGGGGGCCUCGUCACGCGCCGGGGGCCUCGUCACGCGCCGGGGGCCUCGUCACGCGCCGGGGGCCUCGUCACGCGCCGGGGGGCCCUCGUCACGCGCCGCUCCGGGGGCCCUCGUCACGCGCCGGGGGCCCUCGUCACGCGCCGGGGGCCCUCGUCACGCGCCGGGGGCCCUCGUCACGCGCCGGGGGCCCUCGUCACGCGCCGGGGGCCCUCGUCACGCUCCGGGGGGCCCUCGUCACGCUCCGGGGGCCCUCGCCGCCGGGGGGCCCUCGUCACGCGCCGGGGGGCCUCGUCACGCGCCGGGGCCCUCGUCACGCCGGGGGCCCUCGUCACGCUCCGGGGCCCUCGUCACGCGCCGGGGGCCUCGUCACGCGCCGGGGGCCUCGUCACGCGCCGGGGGCCUCGUCACGUCACGCGCCGGGGGCCUCGUCACGCGCCGGGGGCCCUCGUCACGCGCCGGGGGCCUCGUCACGCGCCGGGGGCCCUCGUCACGCGCCGGGGGGCCCUCGUCACGCGCCGGGGGCCUCGUCACGCGCCGGGGGCCUCGUCACGCGCCGGGGGCCCUCGUCACGCGCCGGGGCCCUCGUCACGCGCCGGGGCCCUCGUCACGCGCCGGGGGCCCUCGUCACGCUCCGGGGGCCCUCGUCACGCUCCGGGGGGCCCUCGUCACGCUCCGGGGGGCCCUCGUCACGCGCCGGGGGGCCCUCGUCACGCGCCGGGGGGCCCUCGUCACGCGCCGGGGGGCCCUCGUCACGCGCCGGGGGGCCCUCGUCACGCGCCGGGGGGCCCUCGUCACGCGCCGGGGGGCCCUCGUCACGCGCCGGGGGCCUCGUCACGCGCCGGGGGGCCCCGUCGUCACGCGCCGGGGGGCCCUCGUCACGCGCCGGGGGGCCCUCGUCACGCGCCGGGGGCCCUCGUCACGCGCCGGGGCCCUCGUCACGCGCCGGGGGGGCCCUCGUCACGCGCCGGGGGCCCUCGUCACGCGCCCGGGGGGGCGCCGGGGGGCCCUCGUCACGCGCCGGGGCCCUCGUCACGCGCCGGGGCCCUCGUCACGCGCCGGGGGCCCUCGUCACGCGCCGGGGCCCUCGUCACGCGCCGGGGCCCUCGUCACGCGCCGGGGGGCCCUCGUCACGCGCCGGGGGCCCUCGUCACGCGCCGGGGGGCCCUCGUCACGCGCCGGGGCCCUCGUCACGCGCCGCGGGGGCCCUCGUCACGCGCCGGGGCCCUCGUCACGCGCCGGGGGCCUCGUCACGCGCCGGGGGCCUCGUCACGCGCCGGGGCCCUCGUCACGCGCCGGGGCCCUCGUCACGCGCCAGAAUACACGCCGAGGAGUAA